AUGUCUAGUUUUAUUGCUGUCAUUUAUCUGUUGCUAGAGUACAAUUGUAACACCUGCGGUGCAAAAAGUGAUUUGAACAAUAUCACGAAACACGUUGAAAAUAUAGCGAAUAACCUGAACGGGAUGAAGGAGAGCUAUCGAGAUUUAGAAAGACAGGUGGAACGAUUCGCGUUGGAACUUCCGAAGUUUGAAGGGCAACUGGGGAUUCUGGAGGCCGUGGCGAACACACUGGAGAGCAGGGAUUUGGGGUGGGAUCCUUAUAAACACCUGCCUUUGCCCAAUGUCGCCGUAAACCUGGCGAGAUCGAAAGGAAACACGAAGAAAAAUCCUAACAAUAUUUGUAAAAAAAAUGCAAGAAUCGCUAAUGUAGUUGAUUUGGAACAGAAUCCACAU